UUUCCGUUAGUGAACAGGGGAAAGAGAGAAUCAAUCAGUUUCUCGCGAGCGGGUGGACGAUUUGGCCUGGGAUCGGCGAGGCGAGAUCUCCGCAAAGGACGAUUGAGGCGCUGCGCGUAGCGGUUUGUAGCUCUGCGCCGUGUUUAGGGCUCCAAUCGACGAAGACGAAGACGAGGUAGGGCAGGCGAGGGCGCCGCGAGCGGCUCUCCCGGCAGUGUAAUUCUGCGGCUUCCCGCGAAAUCCGGAUUGGCGGCUGCGAUCCCUGGAGGAAUUUCUCGAGAUUUCCAUCGGAGAGGACCUGGCAUGGGAUAAUUCAUGGUAAUAUCGGAUAAGGUCGUGGUAUGAGGUCUAGGGAAGAUCGCAGUAGCGGAAGAACUGCAGGAAGGAUUAGUCGCUUAGAAUGAUGGAUAGCAGCGAAGCAGCGGCGAUGGAUUUUAAUCUACUGGCGGAAGAAGAUGAGUCGGGCAACGAUUGUAAAAGCCGUCAAGAAGACGGUGACGAGGAAGAAGAGGAAGGAGACAACGAAGAUAUCGAGCUGCUAGAAGUUACUAAAACGCUGGAAGAACAGGAAGAACAGGAAGAACACGAGCAAGAAGAAGGAAACGAAGAAGUCCACUGGAGGCGGCCUAGUUCGAAGAUACUAACAUUCCCGGCCCACGCUCCAAUCCAAGCUGACACAACAACAUUCUCGUCUAGAGAACCAACUUUGCUGUCGGUGGACACGGACGUGGAGAUGGAAGUCACCACCGAGGAGACUCCAUCGCCGAGCACGACUCCAAACCGGAGGAGCGACUCCACUGCCGCUGGAGAUCAUGGCAAAUCCCCGUCGGUGGCAACUCCAGGCGGGAGCAGUGACGAUCGUCCGUCGUCAAACUCGAGCGAGGAAUCGUCGUUGCAAAGCCACCACAAGCGGUUCCUCGAGCUGCAAGCGUUUCUCAAGCUCUGUGACGAGGCUGACCAGAAAGAUCUCCUCGAAGCGUUGAGAUCUCUAUCGGCCGCUGCUCGUAGCGGGCAUGCGUUUAACUUGGAGUACCGAGCUCUGAUGCUUUCCAUGGAAGAAGGUAGAGAGAUGCUGAGAUUAAAGAUGCUCAACGUUAUGGGUGGCAAAGGCAGCCCUUCUCAAUCGCAGCAAGACAAUGGUAGCACACCACUGGGGACUCGAUUGCCGGCCCCUGGAUCCGUGACAGAUUUAAGCGCGUAUUGACAGACAGCGAAGAUUUACACCCAAGACAAAGAUUAUUUAUGGCUAUGCUCUUGAUCCCCAGCCGUGGAGGACUCGAGAGGCUUGUGCAUUAAACGAAUAAAUCGAAGAACUUCCAAAAAAUCCCCUGGAACUUUCAACCUU